CUAUUAAUACCCAUUGUUAUUUGAGUUGUAUUUGGUUCCAGCUGAUUACAUUUAUGAAUUCAAAGACAAUCGCACUUCUACCAUCAGAUGGAGGUAAAAUGUUCAUCUCCGAAUCCACUUUUGAUAAAAUUCGCAAUGAGCAGCUGGAAUCUGUGAUCGAAAGUCGAGAAGAUUCGCGAAUACUGAAAUUUCCAUACCCAACUGAAGUUGUCGCUCGGGUCGUUAACUAUUUGGGUACAGAUGACCCUCAGAUAAAAUCUUUGAAAAAUGGUUUCCAUUUGUACCAUCUAAGCAAAGAAUACGGAAUUAAAAUAUUAAGCAUCAAGUGCCAAGAGUAUAUUGUUGAGCAAUUAAGCGAGAAAAACGUCUGCUUAAUUCACGAUUUCGCCUGCAAAAUGAAUCUCAUUCAGAUACAAUAUCAUUGCUGGAAUGUUUUCGAUUCGUAUUGGCGAGAGAUAUUCGAGGGAGAAGAUUUCAAAUCCUGCGGGACUACCACAAUAGACAGACUGGUGUCUCGUCCAUUAUACACAAGUAUGAGUGAAGUGGAUAUAUUUUUGGCCGUCUACAAGUGGAUCGAAGAGAAGACUAAAAGAGAAAUGGGAACAUCAUUUGCUGAAAUGGACGAAAACGCAAAGAAACAAAAAUAUCGAGAAGAAAUGCAACCUUUUCUUAAAAAAAUUAGAUUCUUAGCAAUGGACAAAGUAGAAUUAAUAAAUGAUAUAUUCCAACUCCAUUUGUUAACAAAAGAAGAAGAAGAAUCCAUUCUCAUCUGUAUGGAAACUCAAAAUUUCUCUAAUUAUCCGAGGUAUUUCAGCAAAGAUUCAAACAAGAGAUACAGAAAUGAAUAUUCAAAUUACGCAUCUCUGUUCGACUUUAAACAUAUAAAAGAAUCUCCUCGAGUAACCGAAAAAAGUAAAAAACCAUUUACAUUUUUCAGCAGCGAGAUAUUAGUAAAGGAAGAUUGCUUCGUCAAUACCCUUAACCUUCCCAUAACUGUUAAUUGUGAACGCAUACCAAUAAAAAUUUAUGGCUACAUAAAUUCGGUACAAAAUGGUGUUUUACAUUUUAAUUCUCUCUGCAACUCCAAAGGAAAUGUAAAAUUGGAAAAUCCCAUAUACGUUGGAAAAAAUUCGUCUUGUCGCCUGUCCGUAGUUUUUGAACAAGAAGAUUGGAUCGAUAACAAUAUAAAAUUACAAUUACCAACAACAGAUAUUUUCUCUACACCCGAAGGAUCCGAGGGGGUGUUAUUCGAACAGAAGUUAAUUAAAAAUGGGAUCAUUGAAAAAGAAAGCGAUAAUUUUGCCUUCCUCGUUUACUUAUAUUUUUGAAAACCAUCGAUAUAUUUUCUCACUUUUAUAAAUUAGAAAUAAGUAAUCUGAAAAUUAAUUUGCAAAC